ACGAAGCUAAACCUACAAGGCAACAACAGUCAACAACCCAUAGAGUCACCACGGUUCGUCCGCCUCACCGCUCCUCUCCCUCCGUCUUGCAGCCCCAGCGCGUAACCGACGCAGCCGUGCCCGUACUUUUACUGGCAGUCCGCCUCGGCGCCUCCUCCCUCCCUCGCCUGCCGGCUCUCGCUUCCCUGGUUCACUUCUCAGUCCUCUGCCGGCGAAGCGUGGCUGCCGGGACCGACGUCCCACCCACUCCUCCACGCAUGCGCGAGGCCCUGGAAGUCCACACCUAGUCUCCCUAGGCCCCUACGUGACGCAGCCGAGCGAAACGCCGCCGGAUCCUCCACCCGCCGCUCCCGCUGCUUCCGCCGGAGUGCCGCACCUCUCUCGGACUACGGCUAGCGGAGUGGAGAUCCGUCCCGACUCGGAUUGGUUUCUUCUUCUGUUGAUAUGAACUAAACUGAUCGGUGGUCCUGUUGGACACAAAAUUGUUGUCAUAUCUCAUAUUCUCAUAGCAUGCAAAAGAUGGUGGCUAUGGGAUGGGAUUGAGGAACUUCAUUUCAGAGAAAUGGAUGAAACACCAACUAGUUCUGGGCAAUCUGAAGCUAGCUCAUGUGAACCUAGUUGGUGGUCGCCAGAAUUUUUGGAAAAAGUAGAAUCUGUUUCCAUAUCAAGGAAACAGGAAGUUUUGGGUAACGUAAGGUCCUCAUCCAGGAAGGCUUCUCAAUUACUGUGGUCAACAGGAACUUAUUCAGGGUUAAUCCCAAAUGGUUUCUAUUCAAUCAUUCCGGAUAAAAAGCUGAAGGAGAUUUUCCCAACAAUACCAUCUCUAGAUGACCUUCAAACUCUUGAAGCAGAUGGGCUUAAGGCUGACAUGAUUAUCGUAGACACUGAGAGGGAUAAGAAGGUUUUCAUGUUGAAGCAGCUUAGUGCUGCACUUGUCAAGGGCUUGAACUCUAGCCCGGCUUUAGUGAUAAAGAAAAUAGCAGGUUUGGUUUUUGACUGCUUCAAGCGACAAAAUCCUGAUGCGAGUCCAGCAAGAGGUUCAACUGAAGAUACUCAUUUCUUUGGAAAUAGAGGACCACAACUUCUAGGGCAGAUAAGGCACGGGUCAUGCCGACCACGAGCUAUUCUAUUUAAAGUUCUUGCAGAUGCCGUUGGCCUUGAGAGUAAACUAGUAGUGGGCCUACCUGAUGAUGGUGCCGUUGGAUUUGUGGACUCUUACAAGCAUAUGUCUGUGGUAGUUUCGCUGAACUCUAUGGAAUUGCUAGUUGAUCUUAUGCGAUUUCCAGGCCAGUUGAUUCCUUUUUCAGCUAAGGCUAUCUUUAUAUCGCAUAUCUCGGCUGCGGGUGAGAGUGACUCAGUUGAAAAUGACUCUUGUGAUUCUCCCCUUGAGCCCAAUAGCCCUCUUUAUGGACUAUCUGAUAAAGUUGAAGCUGAAGGAAUUGAAUCUUCAUCAAAUCUAUCUGGACGAUCAUUGCGCAAUAUGAUGUUGAGAUCAAGAACGUUUUCAGAGGGGAAAUUAAGCACGUCAUGCAGUGAACCAAACAUAGCAAAUGCCUUUUGGAGGCACAGCCAAAGGAGAGGAGUUGCGGAUGAACCCCGUGGUACUAGUUCAAGUCCUGAGCAUCCAUUGAUGAGAGCAAAGGGAAGAUCUAUACUUGGUGGUGAGAAGCAAUCAUUUCAAGAAUACGCAGAAAGUGGAGUUGCAUCAAGAUCAGAUGGUCUUGGUGACAGUUCAACAUCUAAUGCUCGACGAAUAAGACGAAGAAGCAUUAGCAUCACACCUGAGAUUGGAGAUGACAUUGUGAGGGCAGUUCGGGCUAUGAACGAAACACUAAAGCAAAAUCGCCUCCAAAGGGAUCAUGUCGAAGGUUCAUGCUCAUAUGUUACGGGGGGCCAAAGCAAUGCGAAUGACUGCCCAAAUAAUGAAGAUGCGUCUCAGAGAGUUGUUGCUACCAACAAUGGCUCAAGAAACCGAACUGGUUCUACUCAGAAGGCCAUGUCAUUACCUUCUUCUCCUCAUGAAUAUAGGGGGCAAAUUACCCAAAAAAGUGAUGAUUUCAUAAGUAAAGAAAAGUUGGCAUUGGCAUGGAACAAGGUUUUGGAGAGUUCUUCAUUUCUCAAUAAGCCUUUAUUGCCUUUUGAAGAAUGGAACAUAGAUUUCUCCGAGAUAACAAUUGGCACGCGGGUUGGAAUAGGAUUCUUCGGUGAGGUCUUCCGUGGUAUAUGGAAUGGAACUGAUGUUGCCAUCAAAAUGUUUCUUGAACAGGAUCUGACAACUGAAAAUAUGGAAGAUUUUUGUAAUGAGAUAUACAUCCUGAGCCGGCUACGACACCCAAAUGUUAUCUUGUUUCUUGGUGCAUGUAUUACGCCUCCACACUUGUCAAUGGCAACCGAAUAUAUGGAAAUGGGAUCACUGUACUAUCUCAUCCAUAUGAGUGGUCAGAAAAAGAAGCUCAGUUGGCGUAGGAGGUUGAAAAUUAUACGUGAUAUAUGCAGGGGCUUGAUGUGCAUACACCGCAUGAAGAUAGUUCACAGGGAUCUGAAAAGUGCAAACUGCCUGGUGAACAAGCAUUGGACUGUCAAGAUAUGUGAUUUUGGUCUUUCUCGAGUGAUGACCGAGAGUCCUAUGACUGAUAACUCCUCUGCUGGCACGCCCGAAUGGAUGGCCCCUGAGCUUAUAAGGAAUGAACCUUUCACAGAGAAAUGCGAUAUAUUCAGCCUUGGUGUUAUCAUGUGGGAGCUGUGUACAUUGAGUCGCCCAUGGGAUGGCAUCUCCCCAGUUCAAGUGGUGUACGCGGUUGCUAAUGAAGGGUCACGGCUCGAGAUUCCUGAAGGACCUCUUGGCAAGCUAAUUGCAGAUUGCUGGGCAGAGCCCGAAGAUCGGCCGAGCUGCCAGGAGAUCCUAACCCGCCUGCUGGAUUGCGAAUACACAGUCAGCUGAUAUGAAUGCUGCUCUGCUGAAGUAGCUUGCUUGGUGCCACCUAAUUCCUGAAGAGGUGGAAACGUUUCUUAUAUAAAACCUGUAAAAAUUAGCCUGCUGAUUCCGUUACACAUUGAAGUCUUGUAUUGCUGCUGUAUGACGGCGACCCUUUCUCUCAAAAUGUAAAAAAUGUUUCCCCGUUUAUAGAAGAACAUGCGAGGCCAAGAAAUGUGCCUUGCAUAGCAGGGCAAGCUA